CCUCUUCAUUUUUGUUUUUCUUCUUUACUUAUUGCAUAAUUCUUUGUUAUAUUUUAUUUAUAUCGUACAUAACACAAUAUACUUAGGCUGUAAUGGAACCCGUCAAUAUUUCUUGCAGUGCGCUAGUCGACGCACUAACAGCUUUGGCGCAGAACUGCUCACAAGGAAGGAGAUCGUCUGCUGUGAAGACAAUACCCCGAUCGCAAGACACUUCGUAUUUGACAGAUACAGCCGAUGCUGUUAGAGAGGUCGGCAAAAAAUUAGGCAAAACACGAGUGAAGUGGGAAAAUCCAAAGUCUGUCAUGAUUAUCACAAAACCAGGCGAUUGUUCACUCAUAAAAAUGACUCGAGAAAUGGCUUUGUAUCUAAUCGAGACGCCUCGUUAUGGUUCAGACAGUGGUAUAACAUGCUAUGUCGAUGAGAAGUUAAAGUGCUCAAAACGGUUCAACUACGAGAAGAUAAUUAAUAAGCAUCCAGUUGCAAAAACUAAAUUGAAGUUUUGGACUCCCGAGUUGUGCGCUGCAAAACCCAAAUCAUUUGACUUUAUUAUAACGCUUGGCGGCGAUGGAACAGUAUUAUUCUCAUCUUGGUUAUUUCAAAACUAUAUUCCUCCUGUUAUACCUUUUCAUUUGGGCUCCUUGGGAUUUUUAACACCGUUUGAUUUUGAUCGUUAUCGACAACACUUGCAUAACGCAAUGGAAUCUGGUGUUCGUAUCAAUUUACGGGGUCGAUUGACAUGUACUGUAUACCGUCGAGUCCCUCAUCCUGAUUGUAAAUCACCUGAAGAAGCUAAGACAAUUCAACUUCGUAAUGUGGUACGCGAUCCUGUUACAGGUAAAUUUACUGUUGGCAAUUGGUGUCAGGAAAUGAAAAACCAGCAAUGUCAGCGAACCCAGGAGGCAAUGAAAAUUAGCAAUAAACAGAAAAAAUUUGGCGAAGUGGAUGGGGACGAUAUUGAAGAAGAAGACGCGGCUGUUUGGAGUGAAACGUGUCAGGAAAUUGCAGCUACAGCUAUGCCGCCAGCUCCCGUAGGCGAGCGGCGACAAGUACCCUGUUUCACGACGGUACCCGUUGAGAAAUACCACGUUAUCAACGAUUUAGUCGUGGAUCGCGGACCUAGUCCUUAUGUGAGCUUACUUGAACUUUUUGGAGACGAUAAACAUUUAACAACCGUACAAGCAGAUGGUUUGGCUAUCUCUACGCCCACGGGAAGCACAGCAUAUUCGCUAUCAGCUGGCGGUUCUCUUACACACCCUGACAUUCAUGCAAUUCUUAUAACACCCAUUUGUCCUCACACGUUAUCAUUCCGUCCAACGCUUGUUCCUGACUCAAUGGAAUUGCGUAUUUGCGUACCCUACAAUUCCAGAAAUACUGCUUGGGCAAGCUUCGACGGACGUGGCAGAGUAGAGUUGAAGCAAGGUGAUCAUAUUAAGGUAACAGCCUCGAGAUAUCCUUUCCCUACAGUAUGUAAAGAAGAUCAAGCUACAGAUUGGUUCAAUUCACUUCAAAAUUGUUUGCAUUGGAAUAAGAGAGAACGCCAAAAAUCAUUUGCAGUUGUGGAGUCUAAUGCAACCCGUCAUCCGAGAAGGGAGACCUUGUUGACAAAGAUUCAGAACCAUCCUCAAGCAUUAUCCCAUUUACCCCAAUUGCCUAAGGCUUCAACACCAAAUUAUACCCCUUCUAUACGACCACUAGAGUACCCAUCUCCACCACCUGCUCAUCCAUUGGCUACACCACCAGUGUCAUCCAUGCCACAACAGCAACAGCAACAACAACAGUGGUCUCCAAAGCAGGGCCAAAACGAUAACAGAAAGUCGUCUUCUUCGUCUUCCAUUACCUCUUCAUCAUCUGAUGCAGGUCAAGAUGAGGUUUUUGGUAUGUUUUAUGACGAUGACUCAGGAAGCGACCGUUAUCACAUGCGCGGUAGUGGUCAACGUAUGAGUGACCGUCACCGUCAUGACAGUUGUGCUGAAGUAGGAUCCAGUGCAUCGAGUCUCGGGUACGAUUCAGUGGAUGAGCUCGAAACAGAUGAAGACGACGAAGAAAUUGAAGGCUAUAUCACUAACAAUGAUGGUUUUGUUGGGUGGACAGAUGAGGAGAUCAUGAAGUCUAGAUAUUUGGCUAGUAUAACAAAAGAGCUGGAAAGAGUUUCUUUGACAUCUCCAUUUAAAGAAACUAUAUCAGAAGGAGAGGAGAUACAUUUCGAAUAGGUUUUCUCUCUCUUAUUUUGUUUUCCUUCCUUCUCUUUGAAAUAUACGUUUUUGCCAUACAUUAUCGUUAGUCGUUCAAGUUCUUAAAACAUGUAAUAAAUUUGACGUCAUGCAAUUGCCAAAAAAAAAAUGCUACCAAAAAGCAAUUAUAAUAUCAUUUUGCAAUAACCUUACUACAGGUUUGCCCCGAAGAGUAAAAGUUAACUUGGUAAAUACAUUGAGAGUCACCCUGCAUUUCACGUUAAUGUGCAUAUUAGAAAACAUGAGGGGGUGAAAGGAUUAUAUUUUUAUUAUUUUGACCAAUAGUAAUGAAGAUAACUACACGGGAGUAAGACUAAUA